AUGAGUAAAGAAGACGACCAGACUCAAGAGUCUCAUCCUCAUCACCACCCCCUGACACGCGAACCGACACGAGAAGAGAAGACCCGCGAGGCCAUAGCCGAGGGCCACGAUGCCGAUAUCCCCAGCAACAUUGGCUUCAUCCCCACCGAAGCGGACGAGCAGCGUCGAAGGAGCAGUGUUGCUAGGAGUAGACGAGCCAGCCAUGCGAGCAAAAGAGCAGCGUCUCCAGAUCCAAACAAAGAGAGUGGCGAUGUAAGAGAUGAAGAGGAGGGUGCUUCGCAAACCCAGAGUGAGAGCGACAUUGUCUGGUGGGAUGGUGAUAAGGACCGACAGAACCCGUACAACUUUGCGACAUGGAAAAAGGUCCUCAAUUGUUUUUUGGUAUCGGCUUUGACAUUUGUUACACCUUUGGCCUCGUCAAUGUUUGCCCCCGGUGUUCCACAGCUCAUGGUCGAAUUCGGCAGCAGAAGCCCUGAACUAGCAUCUUUCUGUGUCUCAGUCUAUGUGCUAGGCUUUGCAGCGGGCCCCAUGAUUUUCGCUCCUUUGUCCGAAAUCUAUGGACGUCAAAUAGUGUAUCACUGCUGCAACGUUGGUUUCAUCGUCUUUAUCAUUGCUUCUGCCAAAGCUCCUACCUUGAGCAGCUUCAUAGCAUUCCGUUUCCUCAGUGGCACAUUUGGAUCAGCACCCAUUACGAAUGGUGGCGGUACAAUCGCCGAUAUGAUAGUCCAGGAGAAGCGCGGCGCAGCCAUGGCCAUCUUCAGUAUCGGACCUCUUCUGGGUCCCAUCAUCGGUCCUGUAGUCGGCGGUGUCGUGACUGAUGCUCUAGGUUGGCGCUGGGUGUUUUGGAUCAUCGCCAUCAUAUCUGGUGUCUUGUCGACUGUCUUUUUCUUCGCCUCCGAAGAGACCUACGCGCCUGUGAUUCUUGCCCGAAAGACAAAGAGACUUCAAAAGGAAACUGGUAAUGACCGUCUACGAUCGAAACUCGAUGCUGGAUUGAGCCCGGCGGAUUACUUCAAGCGUGGUAUCUUACGUCCGUUCAAGAUGCUUGCCUUUUCGCCCAUUUGUAUCAUCUGUGGCGUGUACGUUGGUCUCGCCUACGCAUACCUAUAUCUUCUCUUCACUAGUCUUACACCGCUCUUCAUGCGCAUCUACCACUUCAACACAGUCAACGCCGGUCUAACAUUCCUUGGGUUGGGAGUUGGUAGCUUGAUUGGCGUGGGCUACUUUUCCGUCUCAAGCGACAAAUACAUGAAGAAGAAGGCGGCCUUAGCUAAAGAGCAGGGCAUCGUCGAACUAUCUGAGAUAAUGAAGCCUGAGUAUCGACUUCCACCCCUCAGAUUCGGAGCUAUUCUGCUUCCAGUCGGAUUCUUCAUCUAUGGCUGGACUGCUGAGUACGAGACACACUGGAUUGCACCUAUUCUAGGAACAUGUGUUAUCGGCGUCGGAAACCUUGUCAUUUUCAUGUCUCUGCAAAUGUAUCUGAUCGACACCUUCACCAUCUAUGCAGCUUCAGCCCUCGCUGCUAAUGCUGUCAUGCGAUCCAUCGCCGGAGCGGUUCUCCCUCUUGCUGGACUGCCCAUGUACAACAAGCUUGGUAUGGGCUGGGGAAAUAGUCUGCUUGGAUUUAUUGCUGCUGCGCUGAUUCCUGCACCAUGGCUGUUCAUCAAGUAUGGCGAACAUUUGAGAAAGAAGUUUGAGAUUAAGAAUUUGUAA